AACAACCUUUGGACCACCCCCACUACCAAAUUAGACAAUUUCUGCUGGUUAAGUCAAGAUGGCGCGUGUGCUGGUUGGAGUAAAGCGUGUUAUUGAUUAUGCUGUCAAGGUUCGAGUGAAGCCAGAGAAGAAUGGCGUCGUUACCCAGGGUGUCAAGCACUCCAUGAACCCCUUCGAUGAGAUUGCCGUCGAGGAGGCUGUGAAGCUAAAGGAGAAGAAACUGGCUAGCGAGAUUAUAGCUGUGUCUGUUGGUCCAACACAAUCGCAGGAAGUGAUACGCACUGCUCUAGCUAUGGGCGCGGAUCGCGGUGUGCAUGUUGAGGUGUCUGCGGCGGAGUACGAGCUACUGCAGCCACUGCAUGUGUCCAAAAUACUUGCCAAGCUGGCAUUGGACGAGAAGGCCGACCUGGUUAUAUUGGGCAAGCAGGCUAUCGAUGAUGACGCCAAUCAAACCGCUCAGAUGACAGCCGCUGUAUUGGACUGGCCUCAAGGCACGUUCUGCAACAAGGUAGAAAAGACGGAUGCGGGCUUGACGAUUGUGCGUGAAAUCGACGGCGGCUUGGAGACAAUUAAAACCAAAAUGCCAGCAGUGCUAAGUGCUGAUUUGCGUUUGAACACUCCACGUUAUGCCACGUUGCCUAACAUCAUGAAGGCUAAGAAGAAGCCUCUGAAAAAGAUGACACCCAAAGAUUUGGGUGUGGAUACCACACCGCGCAUUGAGGUUGUCUCCGUGGAGGAUCCACCAGUACGUCAAGCGGGCGCUACAGUAGCCGAUGUGGAUGCGUUGGUGGCCAAGCUCAAAGAGGGUGGACAUAUCUAAGCUAAGCGCUAACUUCAGCGAAAACAAAAAAACAAUAAUUGUGAGCAAAAAUUCUACGUUUUUUUUAUAACAUGUUUUAGUUGAAAUUAUCAGAAACGUGCAUUUAUUUAGCCUCUAGAGAUUGAUUGCCAAGUAAAACCCCAAAGUGAAAUUAAAUGUCGAUUUGGAAUCUAACAUGUCAAGCCUUUAAGAAUAAAUUUGAGGGUCAGCUACUAACUGAUGCCUUUUCCGCAAA